GACAUUCCUAGACUCCUUCACAUGCAAUAAGAACAGCUGUGCACUUUCCGCUCCUAGCCAAAUCUCAGCUCCUGCACACGGCCAGAGACUCGCUCAUACGCACACCCUCGCUGUCAGUCUGCUUCCCUUCACCUUCCAUGGCACCCCGUGCAGCCACACUACUGGCCCUCAGCCUGCUGAUUCUCUGGACCUCCCCUGCUCUGGGUGGUGCCAACGAUGCAGAAGACUGCUGCCUGUCUGUGGCCUCACGCCCAAUCCCGGGGAACAUCGUGCGAUCCUUUCGCUACCUUCUCAUGAGGGAUGGCUGCAGAGUGCCUGCCGUCGUGUUUACCACAGCGAGGGGUCGCCAGCUCUGCGCACCCCCAGACCAGCCUUGGGUGGACCGCAUCAUCCAGAGACUGCAGAAGAACUCUGACAAGAACAGGCGCCACAGCAGUUAG